UCGACUUGUCCAUCUUGGCGCCGAAAUUUUGAAGACAAAUUUGCAGACGAUUCAGUCCAAAUCCGCCGUAUCGUGUGUGAUAGUGGCCAAGUUCAAGCACAAAUCAGUUGCAAACAUCGUAAAUAUGGCCUAUCUUCAUCACGUUCGUCGUAUCCGAAGAUUGAGAGAGAAUCCAGAAGGGAGGCCACAAAGAGGUCCCCGGGACCUGAAGGACCCUUUUGAAUUGUACGAUGAAGAAGCAUUCCGGAUACGAUAUCGUUUUUCCAAGGAGAGCGUCAUCUACAUCAUCGACAUGCUUGAAGCAGACUUGACGAGGAACACGGAUAGGAACAAUCCUCUACCAGUCAGUCUACAGGUUUUGACAGUUCUACGAUUUUAUGCCGUUGGAUCUUUCCAGAGGAUGCAUGGUGAUGAGGCAACAGUAUCACAGUCAUCUGUCAGUAGAGUGAUCAAAGAUGUGUCUGAAGCUAUUGCAAGGAGGAAGAGGCAAUUCAUGACCUUUCCUGCAACGAGAGAAGAAGUUGAAACGACCCAGCAGCAAUUUUACGACUACUGCAGAUUUCCAGGGGUCAUUGGUGCAAUUGAUGGGACUCAUGUCUACAUCCAGAGUCCUGGUGGCGAACAAGCCAUGUACUUCUUGAACAGGAAGAACAGAUAUUCGGUCAAUGUUCAGGUAGUUUGUGAUCUUGCUGGGAAAAUAACAAGUAUUGUGGCAAGGUGGCCUGGCAGCACCCAUGAUUCCCGGAUUUUCAAUGAGAGCUCACUGAAGGAACAGCUGGAGGCAAGGGCAGAUGGUGCUGAGUGGCUUCUUGGAGAUAGUGGGUACCCAUGUCUUCCCUAUCUCAUGACCCCUCUCCUGAAUCCUCAGGGACGGCCACAGGUACGCUAUAAUGCUGCCCACAAAAGAGGGCGUUGUAUUAUUGAGCGGACCUUUGGUCGUUUGAAGAGGAGGUUCCCUUGCCUCAAUUAUCUCCGCGUGAAGGUGGACACUACAUUUGCAAUCAUAGUGUCUUGCUCGGUCCUGUGGAAUAUCUCUCUUGACCGGCGCGAGCCAGAUAUUCCAGGACCUGAGCCUGAGGAAAUGCCUCCACUUGUCCACCUUCCUCCUGGCCUCCAGGACGCUGUCGUAGGAAGGCUCAGGAGAGAGCAGAUAAUUGAGGAUCACUUUAAUCGUUAAGGCAUGUCUGUGUAUGUAUAUACAUAUAGAAGGUAAUUUUUGUCUCACCUGCGUAGCACAGCGGGACUAAAAGCGCUGCUUUUCUGACAACGGCGGCGUCAACAAUGAAAUCUUAACCGAGGUUAAUUUUUGGUAAUGUCAUAACUAUGAAAGUUUUUGGAUGUAGUUCAUGAAACAGACAUGAGAGGAAUCAAAGAUCACUUAUUGUUAUGCACAAGUCUUAGGUCAUAUGAUCAAGGUAAAAAAAAGGUCAUUUUGGGUCAAUGAUCAUGUUUUCUUUUGUGAGUAUAUUUAAUAGUUUUCUAAGUCAUCACUGCUGCUAUAUUGAUUCGCGUAAUGCAGGCGAGACUGCCAGAGGCGUUCGACUUAUCAUGGGAAGGGCAGUGAUUUUGAUCCGAACGAAAAUGUUUGAAAUCUGAAACUUAACUAUCCUGAAUUCUAUAGUGCAAAUUUCAGGCUUUUUCCUUAUUAAAUAUUGCUUAAUUUGGUACAUUAAAACACUCCCACAUUUGUGCAAAUUCUUUUUUUUUUUUUGUUUGUCAUCAGAAUUAACACAAAGAAAAUAUCACAGACAUGCCUUACAUUAAAGUAAAGUAGCCACUCGGGACUAUCUGCUCUGCCUCCAACCGUUCAUUCAGUAGCUGCAGAGGAUAUUUGGAAAUCAUGAAGCUGCCAAGGUACUUGUUAUUUUUCCAGCAAGCAAGGUUUUCAUGCAGCUACAUUUACAUCUGAAUUACAUUCCGAAAGUUUGGGCCCUUGUUUGAGGGGGGAGGGUGCCUCCAUCAUGAAAAGUUAUUACCAGAAGCAUUAAUAUAUUUAAAAGGUUAUAUGCCCAUCCCCUUUUCCUUGAUAACUAAUAAUCUAUGUUUAUGGGUGAGAAAUUUAACUGCUUGGAUUACAGAAUAUCAGGAUGCAAGCAGGGAAAAGAAUACACAAGGGCUACGGAUGAAUAUGCCCCUUAAUUAACUGCAAAAAAAGCACUGUUAAACUAAACAAGAAAAGCCCCCGAAAAAUAUCAUAGGGUCCAUUGUUAACUGUACAUGUAAUACAAAAGUUAACAUUCUGGCUUGUCCCCAAAGUAGCCCUGCAAAAAUGUUGAUUUUUUCCCCCUCUGCAUGAUGGGUAAUUUGUAUAUUUAUUAUAUAAUGGCUAGUUCACAAGACAAGGAAUAAAAAAAGUGAAAGCUGGAAAAGAAUAUAUAAUACAUAAUCAGAAUAAUGAAUAUAUUUUGAUUAAUAUGGAGGGCAUUCUAGUUUUGACAUUUUCCUAUUUGGAAUGUAAUUCAGAAUGCAAAUACAGUUGUAUGCUACACUGGGAAACAAACAUCCUACACAAAGAGCGGUAUCCUGUUGUUCUUGUCAAGAAGUUAUUUGGCUAUUCCUACCAUGAUUCUGUAUGUACACAUACCUCAUCAAUGCACCUUGUAUGCCCGGUUAGCUGCAGUACUUGUAAAAUUGUCUGUUGACCUGUAUUAAUUUCUUCUUUCAAUGUUUGAAACGUCAGGAUUGUUUCAUCCUCCUUGCAUUAGUUUUCUACCGUUUUUGAUUACUCUUAUAGCUGUGAUAUUGAUGCCUCAUCAUAGUGUCAAUCGUAGAGCUGUCAUUACCUGUAGUAUAUUUUUUGUGUGUUCCUCUCAAAAAUAUCUUCAAGCAUGUUGAUGAUGUAAUUUACUGUCACUUCUUCAUCGUACAAUUCAAAGUAAUAAUAAUUGUGGAAGCCAUCAGUUCUUGCAUUUUUCUCCUGUGAUAUGGAACUUUUAGUCUAGUCUUAGGAGUUAGGAAAUAUAAAAUUAUUGAACGUUCAUGUGCAGAAGGUACAUAGACACAAUGGCAAAGAAAUAAAUUGAGAGCAACAAGAUCAUUAACAGUGUCUGAAUUCCACUUUAUUGACGUUUAUCUUCUGCAUAAAAGAUAUUUCUUCAACUUUAUUGACAUUGGUGGUCUAAUAAAUAUAUUUAUAUAUAUAUAUAUGUACUCAUAAAAAUAUAUGUCUUUUUACAAGAGAUGGCAUGGGUGAUUGGAACAUGCUCUCUGAUAAAGAAUUUUUGUUAAUGAAAAUUAUGAUGAAAGAACUUGUAUCUAAAAUACUUGAACUUUCUAAAAGACAAGAUAAGGAGCAUUAAAAGAUACUGUUACAGUUACUGCCAUUCGUGUCAAAGGGCAGAACUACCUCUUACAGGUUGAGAUCUGAAGUAAUUAAAUGUACCAACAUCAAAGUGAAAUAAGAAGGAUAUAUGGAAUUUGUAAUUAAUGCCAAUGUAAGGGACAAGUCCACCUAGUAAACUAAAUGUUCUGAAGAAAUAUGAAGAAACAUAAACGAAUGAAAACACUUCAAAGUUCAUCAAAAUCAUAGAUGAAAUAAGGC